UAGUCUCACGGGAUUCAAAGACUUUGUGUUGGACGCAGCGCACUCAGAGCGCACGCCGGCUCUUUCGAAGCGGUCUGUCAAAGUUUCCCUAACAAAACGCGGAAUAUUUCUUGGAGGUAAAAAUGACCUGAGAGACGCAGUUCACCCACCAGCUCUGGUGAAGGCGGCGAGUGGAAGGCUUAACGCCAGCGCCGUGCGUAACACUGAGGGAGCAGGUGGAUGGAGAGGCUCGGGAUGCAGAUUUCCAGCAGGUCAGCGCCGUUUCGGAACGGCAGGACUCCAUAUUCUGUGCAAGGACAUCUUGCCACGAUGGACCUGAUAUGAAGAGGAAGUUUUCAGUUUAAAAAUCUGUUUUGUUCUUUUGCCGUCUCUCUACAGCUGGGAUGUGAUACUUGUGGUUCCUCGUACAUUAUAAUCCCCAGUCAUCCCAAUCCUCAGAUCCCCAAACCCCUGGAUCCCCAAGUCUUAAAUCUCCAGUACCCCAAGCUUGUUUUAGAAUUUACCUCUAAAAUCCUUUUACCCUAAUUUUUACGACUGUUUUUAGCAUGUAACCCUAACCCAAAACCCACUUAUAUCUACCAUAAUCCAAACUCCUUUAGGAUCAAACGUCUACACUUUACCACUUGCUGUCUGUAGACACUUAGAACCCUUUGAUAUACUAAAGCCCUCUCAGCAGUCAUGGCCUUGGAUUGGGGGUCCUUCCCCCCAACUCCACCCAACAUCACCAUACCUGAGCCCCUCCUGUAUGACAGCUACAUCCAGGGUAAUGAGUCCGACCUGGAUCUAAACAUCACAAAGACUAGGGAGCCUCACCAGGACAAGACCAGCUCAGUGGUCAUCACCUUGAUCUACUUCAUGGUGUGCGCUGUGGGUCUAUGUGGCAACACUCUGGUCAUUUACGUGAUCCUACGUUACGCCAAAAUGAAGACGGUGACCAACAUCUACAUCCUCAACCUGGCGGUGGCAGAUGUUCUGUGCAUGAUGAGCCUUCCGUUCAUUGCGCUGCAGUUGACACUGGUGCACUGGCCCUUCGGAGAGGCUCUGUGCAGGGUGAUCAUGACUGUAGACUCUCUCAAUCAGUUCACCAGCAUCUUCUGUCUCAUGGUGAUGAGCAUCGAUCGAUACCUGGCCGUGGUCCACCCUAUUAGGUCUACAAAAUGGCGGAAGCCUCGUGUAGCCAAGCUAAUUAACCUCACAGUAUGGGUUGUGUCGCUGUUAGUCAUCCUACCAACUAUGAUCUUCAGUGGCCUAGACAAGGUGCCAGUGUGUGGGAUUGUGUGGCCGGAGCCCCAGGAUGUCUAUUACACAUCUUUUAUAAUCUAUACAUUCUUCAUUGGAUUCUUCCUGCCGCUGGCAGUCAUAUGCAUGUGUUACCUGCUCAUUAUAGUAAAGGUGAAGUCAUCAGGCAUGCGUGUGGGUUCAACCAAGCGCAAACGCUCCGAGCGUAAGGUAACACGGAUGGUGUCCAUCGUGGUGGCAGUGUUUGUCCUGUGCUGGCUCCCUUUCUACAUUUUCAACGUCACUUCCGUCACCAGCUCCAUCAACCCCACCUCUGCUGUGAAGAGCACCUUUGAUUUUGUGGUGGUGCUCGGCUACGCCAACAGCUGCGCCAACCCCAUUCUGUACGCCUUCCUGUCGGACAACUUCAAGAAGAGCUUUCAGAAUGUUCUGUGCCUGAAAAAGGUGGCAGGCCUGGACGAGAUUGAGCGCAGUGACAGCAGGGCUGACAGGAGCAGGAUGGUUAACGAUGCUAUGAUCAUUAACGCCAAUUUGGACACGCACAAUUCUGCCCUGCUCAAUGGUGAGCUGCAGACCAGCAUAUAAAGGAGUGGCAAAAGAGUGGUGGUCACAUCCAAGGAGGCCAGAGAGACUUAUGAGUGCUUGGGGCUUCCAGAUUGGCUGCCAGUGUACUGCCAGUGACCCCUACUGAAAGAUGCAGAGGCCGGACGAUGAUGUAAUAGCUGCUGCUCAUGGACACUGACACAUGAACAAAGUCUAAGUGAAAUAUAAACAAUUUCAUAAGGGUUUUCAAAGGUCAGGGAAAGUACAUUGACUCCAGCUCAGAACCCUUGAUAUUUGGGUUAAUGAGGAUACUUGAGCUGGUUAGCCCUGAGGCAGAGCAAAAUGCAUCUUUCCUCUACUGAUCUUAAGCACUAAAGAGACAAGUAAUAUUGAAAUCAAACAAAUAGGAUUUCUGUUCACGCUCCCUAUCGUAAGGCUUCUAUUGAGUUGUCAGAACUCGUCCUGACUCAACUAAAAUCGAAAUUUAAUGCAAUUGGACCAGUUGCUGGAUUGGAGGGUGGACUUCAAUGGAUCCUCUGGAGAAAUAUCUCGUCUUUGUGGAAGCUUAGAAGGCCAAACAUUUAGUGGAAAACAGCCAGCACAUUGGUUCUCUAGAGAAAUAAAAAAAAAAAAAAAACAGAAACCACAACACAAAGAUGAAUAGUUCAAUGGUCAUGUUUUAUUCAUACCAGCUGAUUAGUCUGGGUUUACAUGAUCAACAGAGCCACAAAAUGACAAACCUCUCUAAACACGGCAUCUUAUUUACCGACAGUAAAGGAUGCUCUUUUCCCUCUCUGGCUGGCGUCUCCGCAGGAGAAGCGGCAUCGAUCUGUAAACUCUUGAAUUUAACAUCCUGGAUUAUUGAUUAAGCGGAAGGAUGGGAAAACAUCUUGGCAGCCGCUGUGACCUUGCUUGCUUCAGAACAGCUAAACUUUGUAUAUAGGAAAUGGUUUUCUGUCAGCGUUUAGGGGGACAGUUCAACACGUGGACGGCUCCAUGUCUAAACCAAAAUGAAUUUCAAAGGCAAUCACUGCUAUAAAAUUCUGUUUUGUUGUGGUAUGCAUUGAGGACAGCUUCUAAACCAUGUUUGUGAAACACAUAUGUACUUUAUACUUCACUGUGUCCUGGUACCAACAAUAAUUACUCCCUGUGCCAACUGUGCCAUUGUAAAGAGCCCAUUUCUACUUGUAAA